AAUGGGACUAGAUGCCCAAAUGGCGUGUGUUUAAGUAAUACAAGCAUUUGUGAUGGAAUUAACAAUUGUGGUGACUGGUCAGAUGAGUUGGGUUGCUACAAUUCAUCUGUUACUGUAUGUGGAAUGCAACAAACUCAAGUAAGGAGUUCCCGCAUUGUCGGUGGGGAAGAUUCAUAUCCAGGAGAAUGGCCUUGGAUGCUUUCGUUUGAGAUCUAUGGCAGUUUUUACUGUGGUGCAUCUUUAAUCAGCGAGAAGUGGGCCAUAACAGCUGCUCACUGCGUCGAUUCUUUGACAGAAAUUAGUAUUACUGCAGGAAUAACAACUCAGGACGAUAAUUCUGUGUUUCGUGAACGUGUCCUUAUUGCUGAGCCUGUUAUCCAUCCAGAGUAUGAUGACGUUAGUUAUGAUAAUGAUAUUGCAUUACUAAGACUCGAUUCACCGGUGCAAUUUAAUCAAUUUGUUCAGCCACUUUGCUAUGAAAGCUUAGAAUAUCGACCAGGUACAUUGUGUUAUGCAGCAGGAUGGGGACGCUUGUCGGAAUAUG